CCGCCGCCGCCGCUCCGUGUCAGUUGCGGGCCGGUAAUGGCGGCGCUGAGCGGCCGCUGACGGGCCGCGCACCGGGCUCGGGCCGCCCUCCCUCCGCCCGCCCUCUGCGGGAUGUGCCGCGACCUGCCGCCGGCGCAACGGGCGUCCACCAGGUGAGUUGACACGAUGUGGAGCAGCAAGUCUAAUGAGGUGCCUCUUCAAAAUCCAAGGCAUAACCAAAGCAAGGAUUCUACCAGAGAUCUAACUGCAGCAUGGGCUUCUAUUUCUCAGACUAAGGCUGCUCUACGUCACAUAGAGAACAAAUUGGAAAUAGCUCCCACCAGCACGGCUGUGUUCGAUUCAGUCAUGGAUGCCAAGAAGCCCUCUGCUAGUGCCAGCAGGAAGAGCAGCAGGAAGGGUUCCCGGUCCUCCAGCCAAAAUAAAUCAAGCAAGGAGAAGUCCUCACGCAGCCCUCUUCGAGCAACCACUCUGGAAAGCAAUGUGAAAAAAUGCAGUCGUGUGGAAUUUCGUGAGCCAUUGGCUUCAUACAGUUCUAGCCAGCUUGAGGCCAAGCAGCUGCUGUCUAGUUUGGAGCUGAGUGAAGCAGAAGGGAAGAGUGAGCUCCCAGCCUGUGUGGCACACGAGAGGGAUCGGCACAGCAGAGCCUUUGACAGCCCCUUCCCUCCUGCUGCAGAUGAGACCAUGGUGAGGUACCUGAAUGACCGACCCACCAUCAACGCCUUGCAGGGUAACGAGCCAUUUCCUAGGCUUGCAGCACUUUCAAGACUGGAAGAAGAAAAAACCAGUGGCUCCAGGGGAGAUGAAAGCAGCAUUAGAGCUUCUCAGAGUAUCACGUCCCAGGACAGUGAACUGAAAGUGUCUUCCCCUUCUGCCACGAGUAUUUGCAGUGCUCAUAGGCUGGAAAUCCUGAAGCAGCGGCAGCACGAUGCCAAGCUGGAGAAGCUGAAGGAGAGGAUCCGAAAGCAGUGGGAGCAUUCUGAGGAGCUCAGUGGCAGAGGGCAGCACUUGGGGUAUGCUGAGCAACCUGUCGUGGUCACUAACGUGGAGAACACGGUGACCCCCAAGGUCAGGAAGGUGACAGCUGUGCCUGCUGCUCCGUCUUACAGAGGUUUCAAUCCUGCUGAAACAAGGAUUCGCACUCCAGAUGGAAAGAUCUGGCAUGCAGACGAGUUUCGUGUUAGUCAGGAGCUUUACAGAGAUAUUGCACUCCAGUUAAAAGAGGGUUCAACAGUGAAAGGAAAAUCUAGUGAGAGAAACAAAGAGAAGAAAUCUACAAGACCAGUGCGGAAAGUGCAAAAACUGACACGAUUGUCAAGUCCAGAGUCCAAACAAGGUGGAAACUAUGUGAUAAGUGCAUCCUCCUGGCGGGAGGGACAAAAGCUGGUAAAAAAGAUCCUGGGUCCAGCUCCCAGAAUAGAACAGGACAGAAGAGCUCUAUCCAGUGACAGAACAGGCCGAGAGAGAGCUGCCAAGUCUGCAGGCUGCAUUGGAAGGACAGGUUCUGAUUCUAGAUUGGAUGUUACCCGUAAAAGCUCUUCAAGAAGUUCUGAAAGGUCAAGAAGUAAAGUACAAUCUGAGACCAAUCUGAGAAAACUGGAAGCUGCUCUUCCAGGUGAUAACCAAGAAGAUCAUGCCUCUGUAAACAAGGAUUUCCUGCCCGUGGAGAUACGUGGAAUUCUUGAUGACCUGCAGUUGGAUUCCAUGAGUACAAAGCAAGAGACAGAUGUGGAAAAGCAGAAUCAAAAAUCUGUUUUGCCAACUCAAACUCUGAGGAGCCACAGUCCAACCAAAAGGAAACCAGACAAGGUAGGAGCCAGUGAGGAGCCUCAGGUGAUCUCUAAGAAACGCCACUAUGACAGCGAUGAGGUUCGGCAGUACAUCAUCAGGCAGCAGGAGGAGAGGAAGAAGAAGCAGAAUGAAGAGAAGAAAGCACAAAAGGAGGCAACAGAACAGAAGAACAAAAGGCUCCAAGAGCUCUACAGAAAGCAGAAAGAGGCUGUUACUAAAGUGAAGAAUGUGCCUCCUCCUGAGCCUUCAGCAGCCAAACGGUUACAGGAAACCUAUUCCAAACUCUUGCUGGAACGAACGCUUUUAGAAGAGCCACCUCAGCUGCCUACGGUGCAGGAAACACAGCCCAGACCUGGUUAUCAGCCAUCUGGGGAAUCUGACAAAGAAAACAAGGCUCAGGAGCGUCCUCCGAGUGCAUCUUCCAGCAGUGACAUGUCCCUUUCAGAACCACAGCUGCCGCUACUGAGGAGCGAUCUGAUGGAGCCUCCCUGGGUACAGCCAGACAGGUUGAGCCCAAGAGUCCAGCUCCCCCACCCACAAGCUCUCUUGGGCUCAAGUGGAGGCCCUUGUUCCCAGCACUGGAGUCUGGAGCAGAUGGACCUUCUGUCAAAGGAGUGUGAUGCGAUGUUGGCAAGCAGGAGGAGCCAUUCUGCCCCUGUGGGGUCCCUGAUGCCUCAGUUGUACAUGAAUUCUUCUGCUGCACAGGAAAACCUCUUGGUAAAACCUUCUGCCAGCCAGUAUAAGAGCAAAUUAGAUCGCCUUGAAGCUUUGAAAGCUACAGCUGCUUCCCUUUCUAGCAGGAUUGAAACUGAAGCCAAAAAGUUGGCUGGUGCUGGCAUCAACUAUGGUACCACGUGGAACUCAGAAUUUGUGCAAGAAAACCAGGAUGAGGGACGGUGGGCAAAGGCUGUGAGUCCUCCUGUUAGGGAGGAAAAUGAAAAUACUUUUUCAGCCAGAAUUCAAAGGAUGUUGGGUGCCUGUGUGUCUCAUACAACUUUUGAUGACAGCCUUCCUGGGGUGGGCAACCUUAGCGAGUUCAAAAAGCUGCCUGAGACCAUCAGACCUCUUACUGAUGUAAUCAGCCUUGGAUUGCAGUCUCCUGCUGCUAGCAGGCAUGAAGGGAUCCUGGGACAUUUAUCCAAGAGGCAGAUGGACUCUCCAGGGCGUGAGAACCAGGCAUAUCCUCUGAGCAAAGCUGUUACUCCUCACGAGUCCAGCAUUGACUCCAUCAGUGAAGGGCCUCUCCUGAGUGAUGAAAACCUCUCAGAAGAGGAAGUAGGCCAGCACAAGCAGCUGCCACUGAAGAUGCUGGAGACAUUAAAAGAGAAGGAUUUUUGCAUUCAGGAGAGAAAUGGUUUUGAGCCCAUAAAGGAGUUUCAGAAAGCAGCUGAGAGGUACUCCCCGCUUUUCACUCAGACAAGCAACACACACAGCAAGGGGCCCUGGGAGGAACUGGCAAAGGGAAGUCCCCACAGCGUCAUCAACAUCUUUGCAAAGAAUUACCAACUUCAUGGAAAAGUGUUUGAAGAAAGGCUGAAUGGAGGCUCUGCCCUCCUGCGCCCUCUGCUCCCUGCCAUGAGCCCUCCAGAGAGCGUGGCUUCUUACGAGGAUGACUUUGCCUCCUCACAGGGAAGCAGCACUUUGACAGACAAAAAGAUUUCACGUGACCUCAGUGUUGGUGGCAGCAGUAAUUCAAGCAUUCAGGAAGAAAUUCCCAGUAGGAAGUCUCCCCUUGAGCCUCCCCUUGGUUCUCAGCACUCGUCUGGACCCCGGUCUGCAGCGUCUUCCCGCUCAUCUGCUUCCUCCAAAAAGAGGGGGAAAAAGGAAAGGUUGGAUGCUUUCAAUGGAAGCUCUCACCACUUCUCUGUGGAAGAAGAUAAAAUACUGUCUGAAUUAGAGAGGGGAUCCCAACAGGCUAAGAAAUCCUUAUUGAGCAGCAGAAUUUCUAAUAAAGAGCAUGAGCAGAACCCAGAUACAGACAGCACACUGGAAAACUUGUCUGGACACUCCCUGAUGAGUUUCUCAGACAAGGGAAGACCCCAGAAGACACCGACUUCUUCCCCAUCUUCUGGCUCCCAGAAAAUGUUGCAGUUGGAUUCUGCAGGCAAUACAGCAGAAAGAGUCAAGUCACCUGCUGGCUUUCCUGGAGGUUCAGCCCCGGGGCUGAAGCCGAACGUGGCCUUCCCUGACGGGGGCCUGGGAACCAGCAGGUCUGCAGCAGGAGCAGCCUCAGCGAGCGGGUGCAUGCGCUUCUCCCCCGCGGGGCUGCAGCACCGUCUGUCAGCAGAGCUGAACUACCUGAGCGCUCUCGAGGAGUCCGUGCGGCAGCUCUCGGACCUGGAGCGGGUACGAGGCAUUUCCCUUGCCCAGCAGGAGAGUGUUUCUUUGGCUCAGAUUCUCAAGGCACAACAGCAGCGCCAUGAACGGGACUUGGCUCUUUGGAAAAUCAAGGCUGAACAAGAAGCUCUAGAAAGUCAGAGACAACUGGAAGAGGCAAGGCAGAAGGCAGCUCAGGUCCAUGCAGAGUCACUGCAGCAGCUGGUGCAGUCACGGCAGGAGGCUGGGCAGGAGCCCCCGUGCAAGGCUGCAGCCAAACAGGCAGAACCUGCACUGCUCUCUACAGAUGCAACUCUCCAGCUCCGUGAGAAGCAUUUUGAUGCUGAUAAGCUGACUGUAUUGCCAUGUUUUUGCUGUACUCAGAUGGCAGAGUCAGCACGGGAUGCUGUCAGUGCCCCAGCUGCUCCCAGCUCCACCCUGUUUGACCUCCAGCGGCAGCACCACGCAGAGUUCAUGAAGCAGCUGAGGGCCAGAGCUGAUACAAACAGGAAAUGUGAAUCUGGUGCCAUAUCACAAGGUAAAGAGGAGACAGGUGACUCAAAACAGACAUACUCACCAAUGUUUGAUAGUUACUCUGAGUCCUCAAGAUCAAAGGUUCAUGAUCAGAGUAGUACCAGCAGCCGCCAGGAGAGCCCUUCAGUUCCAUCUUCUAAGGAGAAUGAGAAAAAGCUUUCCCGUCGUGAGAAGACAGCCAGCAGUAUUGAAGAGCAGGCUCAGACUGCUGCAGAUGAUUCCUUGCCCAGUGACAGUGUUUUGUCCCUGCCAGAUGAAAAAGAUUCCGCUUCUGUUGCAACAGAGUAUUCCCUGAAAUUUGAUGAGUCCAUGACAGAGGAUGAGAUUGAAGAAAAAUCUUUUCGGUCCUUGCUGCCCUCUGAGAGUCAUCGCAGAAAUAAUCUGGAGAAGAAGCGGGGUGCUCGUGAUGAUUCUGAUGAGGAAGUGUCCCCAGACAAAACAGCUCUGUCAUCUAUCAAGGAGCUAAGCAUGCCAUUCUCAGGGGGACAAGACAGUUUCUCUAAGUUUACCAUGGAGAUGGUCAGGCAGUACAUGAAGGAGGAGGAAAUGCGAGCAGCUCAUCAGUCCUCACUCCUCCGGCUCCGGGAGAAGGCUCUCAAAGAGAAGACCAAGGCUGAGCUGGCAUGGCUGGAACACCAGAAAAAGCAUUUGAGAGACAAGGGAGAGGAUGAUAAGAUGCCUCCUAUUCGAAAGAGGCAGCGUGGUCUGCUGCUGAGAUUACAGCAGGAAAAGGCAGAAAUCAAACGUCUCCAGGAGGCAAACAAGGCUGCUCGCAAGGAGAGGCAGCUCAUCCUUAAACAGCAGGCGGAAAUCGAGCGCAUCCGUCAGACUACCAUGAAGCUGCAGGAAAAACUGAAGUCUGCAGGAGAAAACAAGCUGGAGCUUCCCAGUGAGGAUGACAUCAAGCAGAGCAAUGGUUCCAGCCCACUUCCAACUGAUGCAGAAACACGCAGCCCUUCCCCAAUCUCCAUCUCCAGCAGUGAAACCAGCAGCAUUAUGCAGAAACUUAAAAAAAUGCGCAGCAGAAUGGAUGAAAAGUUCCUGACGAAGCGGGAGCAGAAGCUGAUGCAGCGCCGGCAGCACGCGGAGGAGCUGCUGGAGUGGAAACGGCGCCUGGAUGCCGAGGAGGCGGAAAUCCGGAGGAUGGAGAAGCAGGCUCUGGCUGCCUGGGACAAAGAGCUGCUCAAAACCAAGAUAGCCAAGAAAGAGCUGGGGGAUCAGAGAGCUGAGCCCAAAGAAACAGCUAGUGAGGAAGAGUCUCCAGUGCCUUCUUGCUCUCAUCUGAACAGUGAAAGCUCUAUCCCAGAAGAUCUUGGCAGUCUGGCUGCUGAGUCUGUCCCAUCAGAGCCCAUGGGCCAUGGCCAGCCAGAAAGCCCAGAUCAGAGUACAAUUAAUGAAGAAAUGGCUUAUUCUGAAGAUCUCAAGUCCUCCACAUCACCUGGCAAACUGUCUCCUCCCAAAAGCAGCAUAUCUGUAUCAAAGCAAGACUCCAGCAAAGGCAGCCACAGAACUGGAGGACAGCUACAUUCACCUGUGAAGUCCCACCAGACAUCUCACAACUGGUCUGAUGAAUCCUUAUCCAUGACACAGUCAGAAACCACCUCUGAUCAAAGUGACAUCGAAGGACGCAUCAGGGCCCUGAAGGAUGAGCUCCGGAAGAGGAAAUCUGUGGUUUACCAGCUGAAAAAGGAGCAGAAAAAGAGACAAAAGGAGAGACUGAAGGCCCAGGAAGCCAGUUUGAUCAAACAGCUGGAGUCAUACGAUGAGUUUAUCAAGAAGACUGAAGCAGAGCUGAGCCAAGAUCUGGAGGCAUCACCAACAGCCAAACCUCAGAUCAAAACUCCAUCCUCAGCUGCUGCUGAAAAACCUAAGAUCAAGGCACCACCACUCCACAGGCCUGAGACAGCUAAAAACUGGAAAUCACUGACUGAGUCAGAGAGAUCUAGAACAUCUUUGGAAUCUGUUUCAGAACAUGCAGAUGCUGUGUCAUCAAGAACCGAGAGAUCUGUGUCUGUGCACACCAAGAAGGUGGCUGUGACAGCUAUCCAUGCAGGAGAACCUUCUGGAACAGCUUCCUUGGCUUCAGUGUUACCAAAGAGUUCCAGAGCAGGAUCUGGUGAUUCCUCAGAUAGUUCUUCAGCUUGUCUCAAAGAUAUGAAAGACAUUAGCAGGAGUCUUGAGUCAGUGAACAAAGUGGUAAACACCUCCAGUGUUGGUCCUAGCAUUAGCCAUAAAUCUGAGAUUACAGAAGACCUGGAAUACUUAAAGUCAGAGGAAUAUGAGAGUGGAGGUUCUGAUGUUAAGCCUGUGGAGAGUUCUGACGUCUUGCUGAUGUUAGAUGAAGGACAGGAGAGUUCACUGGAUCACUGCUCUGAAAACAAACUCUCUCAGAAGGAACUGUUAGAUGUAGCUGUGGAAGGUCUUCAUGAUACAGAAGACAUCUUAGAACAGAGACAGUCCAAUAAAGAUGCUGUAAGUGGCCCAGGCAUAGAGGAGACUUCUCACAAACUCAGCAAAUCUGCAGAGGAAAAAGGUGAUCUGCUUUCUGAGCAGCCCUUGAGUCAAAAAGAGCCGUUGUACCCUGAUGACUUUGAAGGAUCCUCUUCCAGAAAACAAGCUUCAGCUGAAGAAACGCUGCCUGGGGAGCGCUACAGAGAUGACUUGGAGGGAUCCCUGCUCUCUGCUAACGGGAAGUCCCUGAGGGAGCAGUCCCAGCACACCCAGGGCAGCCCGAGCAGAUCCACCAGCCUGGGCAGCGAUGGCGAAAUCAGCGAGUGCCUCAGUGACAGGUCUGUCUCUGGCAGCAUGCACUCAGAGAGGCUGCUGGAACUGAAGUCCCCAACAGAGCUCAUGAAGAAUGCUGAACGCAGAGAUGUGGAGCAAGAGCAGGCUCCUGCUUGUUCACCACUGUGGGCCUCGCCUUCAGUCGCAGAAGAAGCAGAUCAUUUGUCCAAUUUCAACAUUGGAGACAGAGUACUUGUGAGUAAAGUCCAGCCUGGAACACUGCGGUUCAAAGGGCUUACUAAAUUUGCCAAAGGGUUUUGGGCUGGUGUGGAGUUGGAUAAACCUGAAGGGAACAACAAUGGAACUUAUGAUGAGAUUAAAUAUUUUGAAUGCAGAGAAAAGCAUGGUAUUUUUGCUCCUCCUCAGAAAAUCUCUCACAUUACUGAAAGUGUUGAUAGCCACUUAGACACAAAUAAGGAUGAUGAAGAUUCAUUCUUUGAUGAUAGACUGGAGAAACAACACACAGGUGAGCAGAAAGAUAGAGAAAGUUCUAAACCUGGGAAAGAAACUGAAAGCCAGAGCAGAAAUACAACAGAGAACUAUUCCCAGGAUAAAGCUCCUGUGGACACAGCUGUUUCAGAAGCCUUAGCUGAGGAAAGGGCUGAAGAGGAGUUGUCAUCUAAAGCAAACAGCAUAAAAGAGAUUUCUGUAGCUACUGGUUCAUUUGCCCAAGAACAGUCAGUGGUGGAUUACCUGAAGGAUGCUGUAAAAGAGGAGGCAGGCCACACUCCUCUCACUUCUAGUGUUGUGGAUGAGAUUUCCACUGCUCAGUUGGAUGACAUGUCAGAUUUCCUUUCUGAGAAACUGGAGAGGCAGAAGACACUGGGAGAGGAAUGUGCUGAAAAGUUAGAUGAUCACUCUCCUGGCAUUGUGGAGAAGCCUGCAACUCCACUGCUGGAUUUGCUAGCAAAAGAAAAGAACCAGUUAGAAGCACAACUCAGCUUGCCUCUUAGAGAAGAAGAAAAGUCAAAAGACCAACUGGAAAAGGUCAGUUUGCUGACAGACAGUCUACUAAGAGAUUUUGUGAAAGACACAGUCAAUCAGUUACAGCAAAUAAAGAAGAUCAAAAAUGAGAAAAUCCAGCUCAGCAACCAGGAGCUCUGUGAUGUGAAGGAGGAAGCCACUACUCCACCCCAGCAGGUGGAAAAGCAGAUUUCAGACGGACUGAAUAACUUCUUCCUAAGUUCUGAUUUGGAAGAUGACAGAGAAGAGCUUUCCUCUCCAGACAUGUGCCCCAGACCGGAGAGUCCCGUGUUUGGUGCCAGUGGCCAGGAGGAGCUUGCCAAGAGACUGGCAGAGCUGGAGCUCAGCCGGGAGUUCCUGAGUGUGCUGGGAGAUGACCAGGACUGGUUUGAUGAGGACUAUGGCCUGAGUUCCCGUAAGCUGCAGCAGAAGCAAGCUGAGGAACCAGCAGUGCUGCCCCAGGCAGAGCCACAGAAAGGGCCGAGCAAGCCGAGCGAGGAGCCCCUGGCGGUCCCUCACACUGCAGUGGAGGUGGAAGGGAUGGUGCAUGCAGCAGCUGAGGAGCUCUGGAAACUGAAAGAGCUGGGUCACGAUCUUCAAAGCUGCAGCCUUAAAACAGAUCUUAGUGGUGCCCUCCAAGAGCAGGACACAGACACCAUAAACAAGCAGGUUUAUAGAAAGGUGGUAUUUGAUUUAACAAGAGAGAUCUUUGGGGAAAUCUUCGCUGAGGAUCCUAAUCUGAAUCAGCCCAUUUGGAUGAAACCAUGUAGGAUUGCAUCUGCUUAUUUUCGCCGAGUCAAAGAUCCAAAUGAUCUGGAUGAAAUCAAGAACUUCAUUGCAGCUGAAGUACUGAAGUUGUUCAGCCUGAGGAAGGAGCCUAACCACAAAACAGACUGGCAGAAGAUGAUGAAAUUUGGGCGGAAGAAACGAGACCGGGUGGAUCACAUACUGGUGCAGGAACUCCACGAGGAAGAAGCGCAGUGGGUGAACUACGACGAGGAUGAGCUGUGUGUCAAGAUGCAGCUGGCAGAUGGGAUCUUCGAGGCCUUAAUCAGAGACACUGUUGAUGUACUGAACCAGAUAAACGAGAAACAGAGGAGGCUACUGCUUGUCUGACAGUGCUGAAGUGAGCUCAGAGCUGCCAACCUUGGAGUCACAGGCCUCUCUGACUCCUGACCUGUUCUCCUCCCUGCACGUGCUGCAGCUGGACUUCCACGCGUGGGGUUCCCAGGCAGUUCAGAUGGGAUGAAAAGAACCUGAACUGGCUGCCAAGACCUCACAGCAGAUUUAUUGUUUGGAACAAGCUGAUCCCUCACUUGAGGCUGCUUUGAGGAGUGCUCAAGACUGUUGAUGUGCCAAUGCAGUUAUGUCACAUAACUGUCAGCAGCUGCCCGGGGCCCCGGCCUGGGGCUUUGAUAUGUUUGGCUUGUUCCCUGAAAGGAUUGGGUUAAGUUGGGAUAUUGGCUGUUUUGCUGGAAUGGUGGUCAGCCAUCAGUACUCAACUUGUCUUUAGUAAUGUGAGUAAUUUGGAGAAGCAACAGUUUGGUCAGGUUUUGGUCAUCAAGAGAGACUUACCAUACUGAACAGUGUUACAAUCUUAACACGUCUUCUCCUGCAGUCCUAACAAUGUGCAUCAGUUCCUUCUGCUUCAGAGCCUAUUUAAUUCACGUCUCCGUGAAGCUGGUUUUCAUCUUUCUUCUGUGAUGUGGUACCAAGCAUGGUGCCAGCCCAGUCCAGGGAAAUUAGAUGAUGUUUCUUCCUGCCUACAAGUAAAGAAUUCUUGCUGCUUUGCUCUGAGGCAGAGCAAGAUAAAGCCUGCCUAAUGUCAAGCAUGAAAGAUGAGCCCAUGGACAACUUUUCUCCUACAGUGUAGCACUUCUCUUCCUGGAGCACCAGCUGCUCCCAGAUAAUGGAUACUCAGGAUUUUCUCAGGCACGAGACAUGCAGGAGUGGAAAAUAUUUCCUCACAAAAAUUUGGCCUUCAAUCCCUCAGCUUUCUCCCUUACUGUCACCUAAUGAAAUUGGAGAAGCUGUUACUUGAACAAUUUAGAGAACAGAGUGUAUUCACCAAAGAAAGAGGUGCCUGGUGCUUGACUUGUCUGCAUGUUUUGUGCUUGUGGGUUUUUUAUUUAUUUUCAGAUAAUUUAUUAAGUGGAUUACAAGAGAGUGUCCUGUGCAGUUGACUGCACUGUCUUGUGUUUUGAGACAGACAAACUUGAGAGAGCAUCUGGUUUGGAAAUUUCCAGAGCCCCAUAUUCUUCACACAAAACCUCCAACUUCAUGAAGCAGAUACGAGGGGGUGAAGGUAGGAACAGCCAAACCUCAAUGACCAGUGGUGGGACACAAAGACAGGUCUAGGAGUGGAGCUUGAAAACCGAAGCACCUGGUUCAGAGACAAUGGAGAGUUGAGGGGGCUGAGCUGAAAAAGUGUGUGAAAAUUCCCAGCUCUUUUUAUUCCCUUCCUUUCCCAGAACUUCUGCACCAUAUUACGUGGUUGAUUAUGGUUGAUUUCGUAGGAUUCAUCUGCAGUGUCAUUCUGCUGAGUGCUGAUUCCUGUUCUUCCUGUUCUAGUGUUUUUCUUGGAGGAACACAGACAAUCUAGGGUCAAACGUUGAUGCCUUAAUAAUGGAUGUUCCCUGUUUGCUAACCUGGGACAAGACCCAGAGGGAAGUCAGAUUCUCCAGGCACUGGAGUGUAGACAGACACUUUGAAGCCCUCAGAGGUGCCCCAAAGAUGCUGCAGCCCACAACAGGCAUGGAAGGGGCAUCUCAACCGUUUUAUUCAUCUGCUUGGUUCUUGGGCUUCCUGCUGUGCAUACCUCUGCUCCAGUUUGGUUUCUCUUUUCCACCUUUUUUUUUUUUUUUUGGUUGAGUUGUUUAUUGUUUGGGAUUUUUUGAAAGCUAUCAUUGGAAUAUUUGCAUUUUGCACAAUGACACACAGCUGGUAAUUCUUCAGGGACAGCACUGGGAAGUGUUGGAUUUGCCAGAGGUCCAUACAGAUUCUCAGAUGUAGUGUUGCCAGCACCUCACUUGUGAGUUAGUGGUGAGCCAUAUCCAUGGGAGCUCUGCGAGUGGAAGAACAAGGAGGAGGUAAUGGUGGAUAGGGACACCUCCAGUGGGCAUAUGUAUGUCUGUCCCUCAGUAGUGAGCCUUUUGGCUGGGGUCAAAUGGUCUUGGUGGAGCAUUGCUCAGCUUUUCUUCUCAAGUGAUUCAUUUGUUCAUGUAAAAUGUCAUGAUGCUGAACCAGGAAACGCUUGGAUGCUUAAGACAGAAGCAAACUAAAGCUGCUAGAUUUAACCAGCAUGGUGUCACUGAUUGGGUCACCACCUCAGAUUCCCUUUCCUGGGUGUAUCUCUUUCAAUAGCAAGGAUUGCUAUUUUUAUAGGUAGCAAUUAUGGAAAGAGGACAGAAACCUGCAGAGUCGGUUUGUACCUGGAGCAUCAGGUCAGGUUCUGUUCUGUAGAUUGCGUGGCCAGUGUUGAGAAGGUUGUCCUGCAUCCCCAGGGCUUUUUGCUCUUCUGAGGGGCUCGUGGGGUGUUUCUGGUCUGUCCAGCAGGAGUGGGGAGGUUGUGCAGUCAGGCCUGACAGGGCAUGGGGGCCUGUUGGCGAUCAUGUGCCCAUUGUCUUUUGGCUGUAGUACCCUCCACAGAAGCACUAACUGUUUUUAAUAGGUGCUUGGACAGAAGGAAGCUGCGUCUAAGUAAUGGCUUGGUUCCUUUGCAGACAUCACUGAUUUAUUUUUGGUAGCAAUCCUUGCUAGGAGCAGCCCUAAAAUGACUUGAACGUACGUGAUACCUUCUCAAUACCUCACGUGUGUUGAGUUGCUUUGAGUCGAGUGUAUGUUCAAAACCUCAAGUGGGUUGAGUACUUGUGGACUGAUGAUGACUGCGAUGAAGCAAGGGUCGGGCUGGGUCAGGCUGCUAGUGAGGAGAUAUGGGGAAGCCUGGGGUCCCACAGGUCCCACAAACAGGCUGAAUUCUCUGCUUCUCUCCCCAACCUUCCCUUUGUAAGAACAAGAUAUUUCUGCGUCCUGGUUAUCUCAGUGUAACCACAUAGGAAGAUUCAAGGUUGGGACAGACCUUGAAUUUUGCUGAGACCCGCGAGCUGUUUGGGGCAGCAGCAGCUGUCAUCACUGGGAACAUGCUGCUCCAUCUUUGGAAGGAUCUCAGAUCCAGGUGGGAAAGCCCAGGCUUGUGGGAACACGGAGUGUGGGUACCUCUGUAACAGCAGGAUGCUCUGUGAGCCAAGCCCUGGAAUAUCAGUACUUCUGCCUUUCCGAGAAGGCUUGUUGCUCACAAGGUGGAAUGAGGGAUUGAAAAAUCCCAUCUUGUUCCUUUUCCUUUCUUGAAAAAGUGGCCUUAGCUUUUUGCAAUACUUGAAUAAGUGUGUACCUGCAGAAGUAGCACAGUGACAGAGACCUUUUAGGUGACUAUUCUGCGAGGAACUGUGUGCAGUUCCAACUUUCAUAUCUCUUUGCUACCUUAAGAAUAUUAGGAAAACAAAGUACUUUUCAGCAGACAAACAGUUGAAUCUUACAAGGUUAUUUAGUGCAUCUGAAGUGUUUACAAACCAACUAAAAUGGAGAAAAGCAAACUAUUGAACUUAUUUGUAAUUUAAGUGUUAAAUGCAAAAUUAUAUACAGAUGAAAAAGGAAUACUGUAAUUAACCUGCAUUUACUAAGGGGUUUUUUUUUCCUUGAUUUUGCAGAGCCUUUUGAUACACAUUUGCAAAGCCGCCUUUUGGGAGGCUCGGUCUCCCCCAUGUACUGUGUUGUGGAGAUGCUGAAAGGAAACCCAUUUACUGUGUAUGUGUAAAUAACCUGGUAACUUGGGGUUUGGGCCAGUUUCAGCUCAUGUUCACAUCCACAGCAGCUUUGCACAGUAGACAGAUCCAAGGAUGUGGAGGGGUUGGGGAGGUUUUUUUGUAAUUUAGAACUGUAAAAUAACCAGGAUGGUCCCUGUGUACACCAGUGUAAAUAUCUUUGGUAACCAAAAUGUACUUUAAGAGAACAAAAUCUGUAAAUAAACUGAUUUAUAAAUUAA